UGUUUGACUCCUCCUGGGCGGCAGGGGGCGCGGUGGCCGCUGCCGCGUGGAAUGGUCGCAUUUCCUGUAGUCUGUUUCCCACAUCCGGAAGGGGAGGGGAGGGGAAUGGAUGCGGUUUUCAAGAGCGAUAAUGCGUGCAUUUGGAUGAGAAACUGAUGGGCCGGCAGUAGAACUACCCAGGGCCUUUACUGUUUUGCUUUUAAUUUGUUUGCCACGGAGCCGCCAGAAAGUUGAAGCUCAACGAUUCGAGCUGCAUCAGGCCUGCACCAGAACCUGGGAACGAAAUAAAUACUCGGUUGAAAGAGGGAGAAGACAGGCAGUAAAUAAAUAAACUGCACGGAGGUAGAAAAGCAGCCAAGUGAAGAGAGAGAAGAUUUAUCAGGCGAAACAGGAGAUAAUCAGGGAAGGGCUGGAGGGAGAGAAGGAAACCCCAGUGUAAGGAGAGGGAGAUAUCCAGGAAAGGGAGAAAGAGGUAAAAGAGGGCAAGGCAUUGAGCGGAAAUUAAACCAGACACGAGGGAGAGGAUUCGACAUCAGAGGAAGAUAUAAACAACCGUGAUCGCAGAGGGGGAAAAGUAAACCAGGGAAGGAGGAGAUAAACAGUGGAGGAGGUAUAACGAAACGAAAAGUGGGGGUGCGUGGAAUAACAAACUGCAGAGGGAGGGAGAGAUGGAAGGGAAAGAAGUAAAACGGAACUAGUUCAGGAGAAAAUUCUAAACUUGAGGAAGAAUAGCAGAAACUGAAGAGGGACACUCAAAUAAGAAGAAAGGGGCUAUUUUAGAACCUGCAAAGAAGAGAUGAAAGAACUGAAUUGAGCAAUUUGCAGAAGGGGAGAAGGAAGGUCCAGAAAGGACUAUCGGCAUCUGGUGAAAACAAAACAUCUUAUUAACAUCGCAGAAGGCAAGAUCAAGAGCAGUGAGAUACUGAGAAAAAGGAACGCGGAGAAUAUUAAUAAGGACCACAAAGUGAAGAGGAUGAAACAGGUGAAGCAGACAGGCCAAUGGGGAGCAAUAUAGAAUAAGUAGGGUGAUGAUGUCUAAAUUAAAGCAAGAGAGAAACCUGUGAGAAAGAGAUUGUCAAAUAGUGAAUAGAGAGAAUAUAAUGUAAAACAGCUAAUGAAGAAAUACAGAAAUCUGAACAAGAGGGAAUAAAUGUGUGCAGUGGGGAAGUAUAAAAUAUCAGAAGAAAAGAAUUUAUUUGAAAAUAUUUAAAUACAAAUCAGGGAAUCGGUAAAGAUCUGAAAUCAGUUUUAAAAAAGACUUGCAUGCUAUGACAUUAUGCAAAUAGAACAAAGCAAGUUAGAAGACAGAUUGAAAGGGAGGAGUAAAUGUUGAUGGCAUAAAGGGAAGGUUACAAAGACUACUCAUUGUACAGUACAGAGGCAGAUAGUUAUUGGGAUCGUUGGAGAGGAACGGUGAUUGUGAUAUUGAAAAAUAAUCUGAAAAGUAGAAGCAAUAGUAUUUUAAACAUGGGAAGGAAGAAAAAAUCUCUGCAUGAUUAUGCUGCUGAAUUCUGUGACCUGUCAGUGAAAAGGCAUGUUGUUGAGCAAAAGGAAGGAGGAGAAAGAGAUUUGGUGGAGAUUUUAUAUUGUAAAUCCUGUGAGAUUCCGAUGAGUGCCCGGAGGGACCGUAUUUUAGAACAUUUGGCAUCGGCUAGGCACUACCGCAACAAACGACUGGAGAAGCAUACCUCAGCCAGGCUUCAUGCAACCACAUUACUCAUCAAGGAUCGACACCUUGGGCAAAAACAGAAAAAUGAAGUAAGAAUUGAGAUGUUUGGACUGUGGCUGAGAGUGUUGAUAAAGAAGAGAAGACUUCUCAGGUCUCCUCCUGUAGACUUUGCUGCUGGUAUGUCUGUGCUCGAUCAAUCUGUCCUACCACAGUCGUCAUCUUUUGUGUUUCAGCCCAACCCCUGUUCCACCAGCUUCAGCAACAACGUUUCAUCUCCUGUGUCUCACCAUCAGAAUAUGAUCUCAUUUAGAACCAGUGUAUCCAACUCCACCACUAAUACGGUGACUAUCCGCCAUGACAUGGCUACCUUAAACUCCCCAUCACGUUCAUCACCUUUAUAUAAUGGCUUCCAAGCCCUUGGUCAUUCACAAUCUUCGAGACCCAAUGGGCAAAGGCACAUUCUUCCUGAAACUUCCAAUAAUGUUGCGUCCAACAUGGCAAUGGGCCGAUAUGGGAAUGGUGGUUUGAUGGGCAGCCGGAUUGGACUGGCACUGUUUGGCGCGUGCAGUGGCAACAGAGCUUUGUUUAAAAGCAUUGAAGAGGAAAGUGACUGCUGCUUGCUGUACAUUGUGGAGGAUUGCAUCCAGGAUUUGGAAUGUGCCUUCAGCACGGAUGUACUUGCAAACACCAGGGUGUUACGGGGACAGGACGCUGAGAUUGUGCUCAAUGAUGAACGCGUCUCAGGAAUUAUUAUUUGUUCAUUGGCAGAAGAAGGCUCGGAAAUAGUCCUGGAUGCUUUACGUGCAGGUAAAGGAGUAUUCUGUGAAAAGUUACUGAGUUUAGACAAGCAAAUGGCUGAGUCAUGUUUUGAUGAAGCUGCAAGAUGUGGGCAACCUCUAGUCUGUGGUCUAUAUAAACGUUUUGAUCCAGCUGUGCAGUUCUUGUACAAGAAGGUUCACAAUAAAGCUCUAGGAAGGAUUCAACGAAUAGUCAGUGUCAGUAGAACCUUCCCAUCUCCAUCUCUAAGCUAUAUCAAAAAAGCAGGUGGGAUAUUCUACGAUGGUGUAGUACAUGACCUAGAUACUAUCUGCUGGCUACUUGGGGAAAACGCUCCAGAUACCAUAUUUUCAUUGGGUCAUGCCUUCUGCCAAGAUAUUGCAGCACUUAAGGACGCUGACACAGUCUCAGUCAGCAUGAAAUUUGCCAGUGGUGCUAUAGUCACGCUUGAUGUCAGCCAGCAUUGUACACGCAGCAUUGACCAGAGGUUGGAAGUUCAUGGAUCAGAAGGAACACUAAGGAUGGACAAUCAGAGUGCCCUUGGAAUUACUGAGCAGGGCACACCAAGACCUGUGUGCUCCCAAUUGCAUUAUGACCGAUACAAAGAUGCUUACAGAGAUCUGGUGAAACACUUCCUCAAAACUCUGAAAGGGAAGGAAGAGCCAUUUAUCACAAAGGAGGAUUUCUUGUGGACAAUUCAGGUUGCAGCGGCUGCAGAACAGUCUUGGAGGAAUGGUUCAGCAGUGGAUCUGCGGAAUGAAGCCCUUGAUGGCACUGUUAUUAAAACUGAAGUGCCCUGAAAGAAACAACAUAAGGAGGUUGAAGACCAUGUUUAAUUACAGUCUGCAGCAGUAACUCAUUGGAUUGGGGGUGGGGGAGCAGUGAAAAAAUAAAAUGAACAAAGAGGAGAUUCAUAAACUGUUCAUUCCUCUUGUGAACCAAUACUUCUAAAGGAAAAGUUUUAUUCUGAGUCAUGGGUUCAACUGAUAUCAGGCUGGUCUACUUGCUAUGGAUGUCAGGGAGGUUUGGGGGUGGCAGGAGACCAAGGACAGGAUGUUUGAAGGAAUGAGUUAACCCACUGUGCAGAUUUGAUCCUGCAAUAUCCCACUGAGAACCUAUUGUUGUACUAACACUCAGUAGUUGGCUACAUCCAACAUUGAAUAUUGCACAGGAAAAGUGGGAGCUCCAACAUAAGGAAGUUUCCGUAGGAUCAGUAGAAAUAUGUUGUAUCUCCUUCCCAUAUGGCCCCUCAUGUCAUACUGCAAUUGUCCAUUUCAUGUGCUUUUCAGCAGCAACUAACAGCUGAUUAUUCUGUCCAUUAUCUGUCUGAGUGUUUUGAACUCCAGAACAAUGCACAUGGAACUCAGGUGCUUCUGUGUAGGUGAGGCCCUCACAACAAUAGGCACCAAGGCUGUGUGUGAAGGUUGUCUUUAAAGGCCUAGGUUAAAUAUCUAUUCAUUAGUCGAUCAUGGGAUUAAUUUUUUUAAAAAUCUGCCUAUAAAUUAGAAGCAUUUUUCCAUGUUUUACUGAUUUGAUGGCAGUGCAUUAAUAUGGGUACAGUAUGUGUAACCGAUUGGAUUCGGUGUUUGCACGGAUUUCUUUUGCUGUACUUUAGUUGCAAUACUAGCAUUUUUACAAUCCUGUAACUAAAAUAAUUUAACACAAUUUAAUCUAGUAUGGGUUGAAAAUGCAAUUUAUUUAGAAAUAUGUGCUUUUAUAUUUGUAAUUAUUGGAUAGUUUAGGAUUGCUUCUAAACAUGAAUACGGUUGCUGGACUCCUACCAAUGACACAGCUAGAAUUGGAGGGGGGGGUGGUGGGAGAAAGGUUUGGACACUUAGAAAGAAAAUAACACAUUUUUUAACUGAACGACUUAAAAAUGAAUGGUAAUUUUUAUUUAAAACUGCAAACUUUUUAAUAGAUAUAGAGAAUUUUCUCCUUUUUUUGUCUAAAAGGCAUUGCGUGAAUACAGUGAAUGUUAAUUUCAUCCUUAACAUUGCAUCGCUGUUCAUGUUAACUAUUUAAUGGGUAGUGGAAGGGCAAGGAGGGAGAGACUCCUUCUGGACAACAAUAAACCAGCUUUUGUCAUCCAAGUCAGAAAACCUGGCCCCAUGCCAAUAUUUAACACAAAGUGAUCAGAAACACUGGAAUCAAAAGUAGCAGAAAAAGACUGUCUGCUUUAACUAAGCACAACGUUAUUUCAGAGUUACGUUGGUAUUUUCACUGUACUGCAUUUCAAGAAUCUUCAUGGAUCAAUAGAUUCCACAAGAUCUUUUAUGUAACUUCUUUUCAAGUGGAAUCUGGAAUUGAUGUUGGGGGAUAGUUUUUUUUUGCAGAGAUGAUGUGGAAGAACAGCUUGAUUAUUUAAUGACAGUAAAUACUGUGGCCUGAUGAAGUGAGACAUUGAACUUUGAUACAAGUAUCAGGUGACUGUGGGAUUUCAUUUUUCCACUAUUCUUUCAUGGAAUGUGGAUGCUAAUUAUUGUCUGUUCUAAUUGUCCUUGAAAUAAACUAGGGCAUUUUCAGAGGGCAAAUGCAAACUGACCAUAUUACUGUGGAUCUGGAGUCAUAUGUAGGCCAGACCAAGUAAGGUUUCCUUCCCUUACUUGGAGGUAAGGUGAUUACUGAACAACAUAGGUUUUUACAACAAUAACUGACAAUUUCAUGGUUACCAUUGCUGAGACCAACCUUAUGUUCCAGAUUGUAUUAAUUAAAUUUAAGUUCCACAGCUGCCAUUGUAGGAUUUGAGCUUGUGUCCCCAUCUCUGACUGAAGUUCAGCUGGCCAAAGUUUGUGCAUCUAGCUGAUAAUUUAAAGCAGGAGUUUUGCCCCAAUUUCCGUAUUCUUUUGCAACAGCAUUACUGAAGGAUAGGAGGUGGGCAGAGUGAUAUUUUAUUGCAAAACCACAGUGUGGGGUCCACUUCCCUUGUGGGAAUGCAGUGAUAUUAAAUAAGGUGAAAGAGAAGGGAAUCAGGAUUAGUUGCUAUCAUGAAAAACCAAAGAACUGUGGAUGCUGAAAAUCAAACAAAAACAGAAAUUUCUGGAAAAAUUCAGCAGGUCUGGUGGAUCUCUGAGGAGAAAGUAUAAUUAACAUUUUGGGUCCAGUGACACUUCUUUAGAACUUCUAUCAAGUGUGAUAUGAAGAUAAUGAGAAGGUUAACUUAAUUCCAACCUCUGAAAUGCCCAGUGCAGAUUGUGCAGCAACUGCUGGAGACCGUUGCCACAUAGCUGUAUUUUCCUUAUGUGGGAGACUACGCCAAUGAUUCCAAAUAUUUAAGAAUUAAUACAAUUUGCAACUUAUAGUGCAUACAAAAAUUAUAAUUCUCAUAAAUAAUUAAAGCCUAUUUAAUUGUAUUAAACUUUAUAUCUGCAGACCUAAUAUCCUAAGUUUGCCUUUUUUAUGGUGGUUGUGACAAGUUAAUAAACCAUCUCAUUAGCGGUUUCGUAAUUGCAGUUGUGUAGAUUUUGAGAAAUGUGUACUAAGCCUUCUGCUCCUCGAAGGAACAUAACAGGCAACCUGAGAUGCUGCCUUUGAGUACUUACACCUACUUGAGUGACCUUAGAAUCAGUGUAGCAUAGAACAGAAGGCUCACUGAGUCUGUGGAUGGUUUUGAAGAACUCCCCAGCUUGUCCUACUCUUUGACUCUUUCCCUGUGUUACUGCAUUUUUCUCCUUCUUUAAGUAUUUACCCAAUUCUUCCAAAAUCUACUUUUGAACUUCUUCCCACCAUCCAGUUCAAUAUUGCAUUCCAAAUUCUAAGUUGCUCAUGGAGGGAAAAAAAUGUUUUUUUUUCACCUUG